AUGCAAGGACCUGUCCUGACGUUAACAAUGUACUCCUGGUGCUUCUGGCUGGAUACAGAUGCUGAUUUAUUUGACAACACGUCGAACUUGAAAGAGAGCUGGUUCACCUAUCCCGGAACCUUGCAUAAUACCAGUACGCCAGGCGGGACUUUGGUGGAGAUUGAUGGAAAGUUUUCCACCGAGUUUUCGUUAGAUAUCGUAUCAGAAGAAAGAUGA